GGUUGCAGAUCUCGUCCUCCAACAUUCAGUUUCGUCUGUAAGACUCACUUUCCUUAGUUCCUCGCCAUGUCAACAGAGGAUUUCCUUCCCGGCACGAAACUCCUCUACAACGAACAUGGUUUUGUGUUAUCCCAACAUACAGAGCUCAAGAAACACGGCGAUAUCGUCCUCGCUCCUCAACCGACGGAUCAUCCGGAUGACCUUCUUCACUGGUCAUUCAAGCGGAAGUGCUGGCAUGCGCUUCUCCUUCUUCUCAUCACCGCCUUGACCGGAGCGACAACGAACGAUUCUGGCUCAGCUCAAUUCCAAGAAAACGAUGAGUUGGAAAUAAGCUAUGCAUCGUUCAAUGCGGGAGCUGGCGUAUUGUUCAUUGGGAUUGGAUACUGGACACUCUUGAUUUCUCCAGCUGUAUGGUUGUAUGGACGCCGAAUUUCAUAUCUAUUUGCAAUGGGUAAUAAGACCUCCGAUGCAAUCUGGAACCAGCUAUUCGUUGGAGCAUCUGAAUCUUGUUCCGAAGCAAAUGUGCAGCUGUCACUCAUGGAUAUCUUCUUCCAGCAUCAGCGUGGUGCAGUGCUAGGUUCUUACAUGUUGGCUAUCAGCGCUGGAACAUACUUGGGUCCGCUAGUGGCCAGCUACAUUGCUGCGAACAUGGGAUGGAGAUGGAUUGGUUGGUUUAGGGCUAUCCUCAGUGGACUUCUUGCGAUUGUCGUCUUCUUUGGGCUCGAGGAGACCGCUUUUGAUCGGAAUGCACAUCUUCUAGUUGAUGGCAUCAACACGACAGAUUCCACCGAGGAAACCUCACAUGGACACGAAUUUUCUGACGCGACCAAAGAGAAGAUGACCUCAGAACUCAAGAAUGCCAGAGAUGUUGUCCCCAACCCAGUCGCAACCGCUGGAAAAACAUACUGUCAACGCAUCGCGCUAAUCACAUUAGCUCCAAACGUCCGCGGCACUGGCUUCAAACAAUACUUUUCACGACUCUUCCACGCAUUGCGAUGGGGAGCUCAAGAUGCCUGGCGCACUUUCUAUCUGACAACCGAAGCCGACAACUGGGUUGAGGCGCCCUGGAACUACAGCACUGCAGCUUUGGGAGCCAUGAAUGUGCCUUGCUUGAUUGGAGCUGUCUUAGGUUGUGCGUACGGCGGAUGGUUCUCUGAUCCAUUUGAGAUGCGACUCUGGUUACUAAUACCAGCCACGUUUCUAUUCCCUCUUGGUAUGCUCCUUUUUGGUGUUGCCAGCGCGGAAGGUUGGUCGUGGCCUGUUCCAUAUGUUGCCUUGGGCUUCAUUGGGUUUGGUUGGGGCAAUGCGGGAGAUGUGAGGAUGGCAUAUCUUGAAGACUGUUAUCCGAAAAUGGUUUUGGAGGGGAUGGUGGGGGUUGCUGUCAUCAACUGCACUAUUGGGAUGAUCUUCACUUUUGGUGCUUCGCCUUGGCUUGCUACCAGCAGGACUUUGAACACAUGGAUCGCGAUUGGAACUUGUCGCGAAUGGACAGCAGAGAGAUACAAUCGUUUCCUCGUAUUGAGAGACGGGCUAUAGGGAACGGCUUCAAUACCCCGGAUCUACUUUGGGGUUUCGAGGGGGUGGCUGAAUUUGUUUUCACGCCAUACAACAAUGAGAAUGCUUAGCCAAUAUCUAGUUGAGAUCUAGAGUACUCAUUCCUAAC